CUCUCUCCUUCCAUUUUGUUAUGAAAAAUCAUAAAUCGGUGGGUUGGGAGUAAUGAUUUGAUCGGUAGAUUGGAGUGAUAAGCUCAGAUCAAUAUCUCUACCCAUCUCAAUCCCUUCCUAUUUUCUUCGAAAAUUCACGUGUUUGUUUUAAUUUUUUUUCCCAAUUUGUUGUAUUUCUUCCAACAAAUAAAACUUAUUUAAGGAGAGAGAGACAUGAAAUUUGCAUGAUCUCUCCAAAGUUUUCCAGGUAAAAUAUUGGAAAAAAUAUAUAAAAAAAAGGGUAGAAAAGGAGAAAAAUGAUCGUUUUCGGAUACCCAUCAACUUUAGCUUUUGGUGGGUUUACAGGAGAGAGGCGUUUGAUCAACUGGCACAAAUACAGAGAGAAGUGGGUUGUAAUCAAGAGAGAGAGAGAUUUGAACCAACAGAGAUACAGAGUGAUUGAGAGAGGAAGGGAGGUGGGGGCAUUUAAUCAACUCGCAGGUAGAGGGGGACGAGAGGAGCGGGGUGUUGAACAGACAGAGAGAAGCGAUUAUUUAAUCAACAAUCAGAAACAGGGAGAGAGGCGGGGUUGUUUAUUCAAUAAUCAGAGAAAGAGAGAGAGAAUGCGUAGCAACAAGGCCCUCUUCGUGCUCGAACCAGACAAAAUUGCUCGUUUGAAGGCUGAAACAGGCCUGAGCGAUCCCGAUCUCCUCUGUGCCCUGGUGCAUGAUACCCAGAGUCAAGCCCGCCCGCCCAUCUCCAACUACCCUGUUGCUGCAGUCGCACUCGGCUCAAGUGGCCGCAUCUUUGCAGGGGUAAAUCUAGAGUUCCCGGGCCUCCCCCUCCACCACUCUGUUCAUUCUGAGCAGUUCCUGCUAGCCAAUGCUGCCCACAACAAUGAACCCAGCGUCAAACUCAUCGCCAUCUCCUCUGCGCCUUGCGGUCAUUGUCGCCAAUUCUUUCAGGAAUUGCGCGAUGCAUCCUCUGUGGAGAUCAUCAUAGCAGCUGCUGGGGAGGAUUGCAACCCGCAGCCCCUCUCCUACUUCCUCCCACAUCGCUUUGGCCCCGACGACCUCCUUAGUAGCGAUGUCCCCCUCCUUCUCGACUGUCACAACAACCGCCUCCAAUUUCUUGACAAACCAGACCAUGAAGAAGAAAAUGAAGAACUCAGGUUCAGCAAAGAGAUAACCCACAGAGAAACGGUCGCGAACAACGAUGACUUGUGCCACAAUGGCCUGUGCAAUGGCAAUAUCAAUGAUGUGGAGGAGUUUGACAACUUAAAGAAAGCAGCAUUGAAGGCAGCGAAUGGUGCUCAUGCACCGUACAGUCGGUGUCCAUCUGGGGUGGCACUGAUGACAGCAGAUGGGGGGGUUUAUGCAGGGGGGUAUAUUGAGUCAGCAGCAUAUAACCCGAGUUUGGGACCACUGCAGGCAGCACUCGUGGCUUUUGUGGCAGCAGGGCGUGGGGGGUACGGGGAAUUGGUGCGGGCGGCACUGGUGGAGAAGUCCGGUGCAGUCAUCUCGCAAGAGAGCACUGUAAGGCUCUUGCUUGAGAGCAUCGCCCCCCAUUGUGAGUUCCACACAUUUCGCUGUUGUGUCAUGUCUGAUUGAUGGCACGCACUCUCUCUUUCUCUCUCUAACAUUGUUCAUAGCCUCUCCCUACCAUCAUCACUAAGCUAUCAUCAUUUUAUUGAAUUCAGUCUUCUUGGGGGUGGCCUACUCUGCAACUACCAUUGCUCUCUCUCACUUAACUCUCUCUGUCUCUCUGGGCCACUAACUUAAUUUUUUUUCAUAAUUUACCGUCUUUUGAGAUUAAGAGAGACUGAUGAGAUUAAGAAAUACUAAAAAGGAUCUUCCUUUUUCCUCCAAAUGCUGAGUUACCAAUCCAUUAUGUUAUGCUGCGGAAACUUUCAACUAUGAAUGAAAAACUGAUUGGAGCUGUUGGAUCUC